AUGCCCACCUCUUUGACCUCUUUGAUGGGGCCCAUGACCACCUCUCUGACGGGCACCUUUGCCACAGGCUCUUUGAUUUCUUCGUCUCCCUUGCUGUUUAUCCAGCAAACACCCUUUUAUAUGUCCCCGCUGUUCCUUAACCUCUCGGAACCACCCAUCCCGGAUCCGGUCAGUGGGCGGGAUCUGAGUCAACUGACCAAACGGGAUCUUUCCCACCUGAGCAAACGCGAUGCUCUUAGAAUCCUGGCUGCCUAUGAGCAGCCAAUCACAUUGCAGAUCAAGAGCCAGCGUGGGAGGGGUUAUGGACUACAGGACUGCAGCACGCAGACUGAGAGACACUGGGAGCCUCUCACCCUGCCCCCCCACCUGGCCUUGCGCAGUCUGGGUGUCACAGCAGCCGGAACCAUGCCCAGGGUCAACCCUGCCUACCAGGACAGACACUACUGCAGCCACAUGAGUCUGCCUCGUGAUCACCGUGACAACGGGAGAUAUGAGUAUCUACCUACCGCUCCACAAGACAUAGAGGAGUUGGAUCCACUUGGUUACCAGGACCUGGAGCUGGCCAGUCGUGUUCCGAGGGAUCAGAGCUGUCUGAUUGGCUGCUGCAACAACCUAGAAGAGCCCAGCAGUUACCACAGCCAGACUGAGGAUGAGGACUAUAUGUUGGAGAAACCUCUGGGCUACCUGCCACUCCACCAUGAGCUGGACAGCGGCCUGGGCUGGACCGACGGUAGCCUGCACCAGGGAGACCUUUCUGGCCUGGAGACAGAGGAGGGGGGUCUGGAGGAAUGUCACCCCAGGGGAGGGGGCCUGGCGGUCAGUGGAGGAGGGGGUGGAGGUGGGGGGUCUCCAUCCUCUGAGUCCUUCAUCUCGUCUGAGCUGAGUGACUCGGGGUUCUACAGCGUGAGCACGGGAGAGUUCCGCCGCUUCCAGAGGCUGUUAGAGAAGCGCAUGUGCCUGUACAAAGCUCGUCUCCACCACCAGAGGGAGGUGUGCGAGCGGGAGCGCCGCGACAGCUGCCAGAAGAACCACAGAGAGCUGCUUGAAGCCAUCCCUGAGGCACUGACCAUGCAGCCCCAGCCCUCCUGCUCCAUGCCUGGCCUGGCCGCUCCAUCCAUGGGCCCCCCACCCCACGGACUCUUCAGGGUGUCGUCCGUCCAGUUCCGGAAGGCGGAUCGUCCCUGUCUGAGCAGACACAGCUCAAGCAGCGGGUCCCUAUUCAACCCUCACCACGCCCCUGCGCCCCUCUCUGCCCAUGCGCCUGUCCUCUCCACCUGCAGUACCCCCUCCGGCCACCGCAGGCCGCCACCUCCACUGCAGCAUCAGGGCUCCAGCUCAAUGGGGCAGCUGCGGAGAAGCAGAACCCUGCACCACCGUGGCCCACCCCAGGAGCGUGUCAGACGGGCCAGUCACCCGUCAUCCCCCUCCUAUGCCACCCUGGAGCAUUGUGGGGUAGCGCCACCUAGAGGCCUGAAGCUGGGCCUGCCUGAAGAGGGAGAAUCAGAACUGGUCCUCACACACCCAGCAGGAUUGGCCCUCUCACCCCAGCAACAUGCAACCUCUCUGGGGGAACACAGAGGAGCUGUGCCCUUACCAAGGGGACAUUACUGCGACAAUAGUGGAGGUCGUGAUCAGCUGGUUAACGACAGGAGGCAGCAGGAGAGGAGCUUUAUGUCAGAGAUACCAGUGCGGGAGAGGGAGCAAGAGAGAGAAAGAGAAAGAGAAAGAGAAAGGGAGCGUGAGAGGGAGCGUGAAAGAGAGCGAGAAAGAGAAAGAGAGCGAGAAAGAGAAAGGGAGCGUGAGAGGGAGCGAGAAAGAGAACGAGAGAAAGAAAGAGAGCGGGAAAGACAAAGAGAAAGAGGAAGAGAGGUGCGCCGCUUCAGCACCCUUAGCCACCCUCCCCAGACAUCCAUGGACAUCCAUGAGACAUGGCCUAAACCGGCCAAUCGGCUGUCCCACCAGGGGUCAGGGGGUGGUGGGGGCCUCUACAGCACCCUGGAGGGCCACACUGGGGUCGGGGCUGGGGUCGGUGGAGGGUCCAGGAAGUGCCCCAAUCCUAACCCCAACCCGACCCCCAACACUAACUCCAACCAUCCUAACCCGAGAGCUGUGAGGAACCAGAUUCUUCGAGACCGGGCGUCGCAGCUAGCGGACGAGCGCAGCGGGAUGAGUACGGAUGAGGAGAGUCAGGAGGUGAUGAGGGGGAGGUACUGGAGCCGCACAGAGAGACGGGAGCACCUCCUACUGGCCCGCGAGCAGAAACAGCAACAACAGCAGGCUCGAGGGCAACAGGCUUACACAAGGCCAGGAGCCAAUGGAGGAUCAGGUUCUCUGAGAGAGGCAGGCGUCAACACUAGAGGAGGAGCUAUGGGAGGAGGAGGGAGAGGAGUUAUUCAAGAGGAAGAGGCUAUGUCUGGAGGGGGAGGGUCUUUGGGAGAUGGCCGGUGCAACACGGUGCUGGAGCUCAGCCAAAGGAAGUUGAGUCGUCUGCAGAACAGGAAGCUGUUAGAUGAUUGGACGACGGUGGAGGAGCUGCUGACUCAUGGGACGAGGCUGGGUACCCGAGACGAGAUGUCCCUCUGUCCCAGCUCACUACUGACUGUCACUACUGUAUAG